AUGAGAUGCGCUCGGAAGAAAGAGGCAGAUCAUAAGGAUCGCGAAAUCACAACCAUGUUCAAGAGAUCAAAAGCAGCCAAAGGUCUGUAUAUGUAUCACGGUAUGGUUUCGGAGCAAAAUGAAAUUAUGCAUAUACUCAUCAUCUAUUCUGAAACUAGGAGCUCGAGAACGCUUCGCGUACAAGAAGACUUUCGCAUGAGCUCAGCUCGUGCCACUGUGUGCUACCAUCGUUCACCACCGAACAGAUCGUCCGCUUUCAUCAUAAAUGAUGGCCAGAACGUUCUCGCAGUAGAUAUCUCUGGCCAGAUGCAUAGGGUUCUGCCUAUUAUUGUACUGGAGAAUCGAAGAACUAUGGUUCAUCUCAUUGCUGAUGAUAAUCUCCUGAACGAACACUCUUUUGAUAUUCCUGCCUUUCCUAUGCUUAAAACACUGAGCCUUGAUGUGAACAGGGUUCGGGACGUGCCCACUCUUCUCUACAAUCUGCGCAGGUCUUGCCCCAACCUCACUUCUCUAAGCAUAAUAGGAAAUCCAGGUUGGACUGUUGUCUGCAACAGAUCACACCGACUCAACAAACAAUACAGGAAUGCUGCGCAAGACAUGCUACCUUUACUACAAUCACUAGACGCAAAAACAACUUUUAAAACACGCAGGAAAUCAAGCAUCUCCAGUGGUUCAACGAUCUCAUCCAUACUGACUUUGGCGACCAGAAAGAUGUGAACUUUGUGGUUUUGAUCUUGUACAUAGCUCUCCUCCUAAUAAAAUUGUAGAAAUGGAC